UUGCAGAGAAUGACUGAUAAAUGCUUCAAGAAGUGCAUUGGCAAACCAGGAAGCACAUUGGACAACUCCGAACAGAAAUGUAUUGCCAUGUGCAUGGACCGCUAUAUGGACGCAUGGAACACGGUCUCCCGUGCAUAUAAUUCAAGAUUACAGAGGGAAAGGGCACGUAUUUGAUGUGCAGAUGGCAGCCGGUACUACCUCAGUCAUCAGGUAGAGAUGUCUAGUCUGUAAAUGCACGACGGGUUUGUAGACUUGACUCUCUUACCACACAACAUCAGCUGAUGGCUUCAGAAGCAACCAGGUGGUUGGAUUUAGACUCUACAUGGACAUUUUUCAUCACAUUUUGUGUGUUAAAAAGAUUGAUUGUUGUAGUAGCAGUUCUUUUGCUUGAAAUGAUGGCCAGAAUUGGAAUAACAAAAGAAUGGGUCUGGAUCCAGUUCCUGUUCACUGGUUUAAUAACAAUGCUAAAUUUGGACCACUUAUGUUGUUAUCUAUUCAUUAAGCAGAAUCAAAAUUCAGUGUACUAUCUGUCUGCCUUUUGUCAUUGGGUGGAUGUUGCUCCAUUUCCUGAGAGAAGGGCUCAAUUUACCAACUCUGUUCCACAAACCUAGUUCUAUUCCCAGAGGGGGAGAAUUCAGAGGCGUCUUUGUUGCAAUAAUUGUCACUUCUUCACCAGGAGCGGCUGAACAGUCCUUCUUACUUACCUCUGAAGAACAAACCGCAGUUGUCAACCCUGGAGUGUCAUUUGUCUCAUUGUCGGUUAAAUACAGUAGUAGGGUUGUCUAGAACUGCAAACCCUGUAAAAGUAGUUCCCUUUGUGUACACACGUCAAAAUUCCCCAUUUCCUUCGCUUUAUUAAACAUUGAGACGCAAACUCCACCAGGACAUGUCCAGACAGAUGUUGUGUAAUUGUCACCAAGC